AUGCCGUUCGAGAAAGACCCAGAACCGUCUUCCGAUUCCGACGAGCGCUCUCCGAACCCUCCAGCUGGUUUGAGCCACGCAUCUCGCAUCCAUGCCGUUUCGCGCCGGGCCAAACAGAAGGCCAAGAAAGUGCUGAAUGUGGAUGAUACGGAGGGGCUGGUACGCGCCAGGGAGCGUGACGGCUACGAUGAUGUCGCCGCCAACCCUGCUUUCAACCCCCAGAAGGUGUUUCAAAAGCCCGUGAGCGUUGGCGACGCUCUCCACCAAGCCAAGGACGGCGUUGAAACCAUUGCUCGCGUGGUCGUCCAUCCCAAAGACUCUGCCAAGCGGAAGGCUGCCGCCAGGCUCGCUGCUCCAGAACAACCAUUCUUGUCGCAGCAGGCCGACAAGGUGCUUUUGGAUGCCCACGACCGGCUAGAAGCUGCGCGCAGGAGUACGGAUUCCGACGACGAGGAUAAUGCCGAGGUGUACGAGGAGGAGGUGGAAAACCUCCAGGGUCAGAGGGAGAGCCUGAGGGUUGCAUGGACGACCAGUAGAUUCGUUCAUCGCGUACGAGUCGCGCCUGUCGAAUACAUCGGCCAUCCUCGUUUCAAAGACGUCGCAGUCCGAGAUUCAAAGGGGGCAUACGUCAAGACAGACUGGACCAAGUUUUGGGGAAACUGCUGCGUCUACGCCACUCAAGACUACCGUGCUCUCGGGGGCGAUGCGUUAGAUCAGACAGCAUUUAGCCGUCACUUGCUGAUAGAGCAUGUGGAGCGCAUUUUAAUGGCGUCUGCGCCCUGGCAGUCGUACUUCUUGAAGCUGCGGGACCUAUACCGCUGGGAAAACCCACAGAAGACCGGAAGAUGGCUGGCGAUAUUCGUUUUCCUCUGGUGGGCCGAUUACGUCUUCACCUUCAUCCUUUGCUACUGUGUUUUUAUCGUACUUCGGAAUGGAUACAGCCAUCACUCUUUCAAAUCGCUUCGGGAAUCUCAUGAGCGCGCCAUGGAUCAAGGAGCGACAGCCUUCAAGAUCAGCGAGCUCAUCCACCGCCACGGUCCUGGAGAAUGGCUAGACCCGCUGAUUGACGAGAUUGGCCCUCGAGCUCAACUCGAGUUCAACGACCUAGCCGACCAUCUGGAGAGAAUGCAGAACUUUUACGAUUGGAAGUUCCCUGAGAGAACAUGGGCCACCUUGUUCUGUAUUGUCUGCGCUAUUCUCCUCGGCGUCCUCACACCGACCGCUUACUCGAUGAGAGUGGUCACUUUUGUGGCAAUCUGGUGGUUCUUCAUGGGGAGGCCAGUCGCAAGCCACUACCCACGAUUCAGGCAUGCCGUUUCCCCCGUGGCAUAUGUGUUCUGGGGCCUUCCGACACAUGCGCAAUGGUCCUUUCGCUAUCUGACGAACAAAGCUCAGAAGAUGCGUGAGCGAACUGGGGAACAUGUUUGCAAAGAACUGCCCGGUACCAAAGGCUCAGCCACGGAUGACGACGAAGUCUUUUUCGAUGCGCCAUCGUCUCCCGAACCCGACCGCACACAAUACUUCCUAACAUUUCGAUGCCGGUAUCACAAACGUCCGGCUCGCCUUGGAAUUUCAGCAAGCGGCGUUUCCCUGAUUCGGUUGUUUCCGGCAAAGCAGAUAUGGUCGCGUCAUUUCCACGAAAUCGGCGAGAUGCGGAAAACCGCGGGGUCGGCCGUGGGCCGCGGCAUUCGCAAGGUUCUUGAGGGGAAGACCUUGGAGUUUACUUUCGUCGAUGGAGAAGUCGACCAGAUCGAAGCAGUUAGGAGGCGGGACGAGGCGUUCAAUAGCAUCAUCGGCUUUUCUAAUCUAACGUGGCAAAUGUUGGACCCUGUAAAAGGAACGAACGAGAUGGAAGUUGGGGAUGGUUGA